AUGUUGAUUCAAAAAUUUGGGAAGCUCUUGCUUCCUCUUACUAUCCUAACAGUCCAGGUCUUUGCGCAGGCAGACAAAGCUAAAUGGGACGCAGUGUGCAAGCAAAAGGCCGGACCGCAAUUUUCUAUGCAGUUCGACGCAGCUGGCAAACCCACUGGACAAUGUGUUGCUCCUCCUAUUACGAGCUGUUAUUGGGGUCCAUACCGAGACCCUAAGUCAGGUAAGGACGGCUGUUGCGGCAAAGAUAAAGGAACUUUCAGCGUUGAUCCUGUGAACAAAGCCGAGGGAGCAUGUUGCGUUGCCCCAGCUGUGUAUUCGUUCGACGCUAUGGCAAACAAAGGAAACUGUUGUGAUGCUGGUAAAUCCUAUCAUGUGGAUUUGAAGACCAUGACCGGAAGCUGCUGCAACAAUGCGGACGACGUUUAUACUUGUGAUUGUUCUUGCAAGCCAAAUCCAAAUCCUACUUGCCCCAAGGGCGAUAGAAAGACCUUCACAGCUGGGGGCAAAAAGUAUAUUCUCUACUGUAAUCUGAUCAACCAUGGAACAAAUGAUUUAGGCCAAGCUCCCGCAGAUACUAUGGGCGACUGCAUGACCCGCUGCUCUGGGAUCGCCAAUUGCGUGCGCGCAAUCUACGCUCCAUCUUCUAAAAUCUGCUAUUUACGAACCCACGGUAACAAGGAUGUACCAGUUACAGCUGAUGGCUAUGAUAGUGCUCAUCUCGUUGAAGAACCGACGACUACUCAAUGUCCGGCAUGUCCUAGCGUUAGCCCCAAACCAGCUGAUCCUUUCCCCGAUAAGUGCCCUGGUGCAGAUGGCAAGACUACCACUGUUGGGGGUAUAGAGUAUAAGGUGUACUGCACAUUAGGGCACUCAGCAGCUAAUCCGAACUUGGGGGUAUCAAGUGCAAAGGAUUUUAAGGAGUGUAUGGAGCAGUGUUCUGCAAAAGCUAGUCCCACGUGCCAGGGAAUUAAUUACUAUGAUGAUGGAAAUCCCACUGAUAAUUGCGUAUGGGCGAGCGUCUGGGACAGUCCUCCAAAGGGUGCAGCACCUGCUGGAGGAGAUUUCUUGUGUGCUAUCCCUACUACAAAGAGGACUUAG